AGUGAUGUCUUCGUGAGUGUUGUCUUCACAUUCUUCUGGAUGUCAUCGAGUGAUAGCCAAUCGUUGACUUAUGAGUCAAUCCUCGAGUCCUUUGGCCGACAAUUCCGGUCAAAGAAGUCAUUGAUAUGCGAUUACAGUGAAUGCAAUAAAACUUUCGGCACUCAAAGCCGAUUGGAUGGACACAAACGCCGCAGACAUGGCGUUGAAGACAACAUUCCUCGGGAACUGAUCGGCAACUCAACCGAUGCCAAAGUAGAGUUGAUGACUGCACAUAACGACAGUCAACCCCAGCCAAUGGCCACUCCGACUGACCGUCCAGUGCUGCUGAAGGUCAACACAUCUCUAUACGAGUGCCCACACGAAGGCUGUGGUCAUAGCUAUGACACUAAACGCCGACUUAAGAGACAUCGACUGAGCGUUCUCUCAAACGCCGGCCAACAGUGCGUCCACUCGUCGAUCGCAUCGCCGGUCAAACAAUACGAUUGUAUUGACAAAGACUGCGACCAAUGGUUUGACACAAUACGGGCGCUGAAGAGACACCGACGGGCCGUACACUCGGCCACCGGUCGACAG